UGAAACCAAUGAGAAAAAGAGGGACUAUAUGACAAAUAAAAAGAAAUGAGGUUUCUGGAAGGAAAGAGUAGAGAGAGAGUUGCUUCUUCUUCUUGCGCAAUAAGCUGAAGCUGAAGGAUUAAAACGAGUUUCGCUCAGUCAGUUGUUGUUCUCAAGCUUUGGGCAAUGAAAGUAGCGGAGAAGAUUGUAUUCCUAUGGGAAGAUUCCGAUGGAUUCGCAGCAACCAUUGCUGAUGCUCUAAACCCUAGCCCUAGUUCCCCUCUUCGCAAACUAGAAGAACAGAUCCAGCUUCCUUUGGAUAAGUAUGGCGUCCGAGAUGAUGUCGGAACCGGCGGCAGUAUCGUUCACUUCGUCGACCAAAAUGGAGUUUAUCAGGUCUCGAUCUUUCUUCUUCGAAGCUAUGAGCCUCCUCUAUUAGUGUGUGCUAUGAAUGAACUGCUCGACUUAAUUUCGAGGGAAGCAUCAACUCUACCCACAAUUGUGGCUCCUUUUCUUGUGGCGGCAUCUAAGCUUAAGUUUAAUAACAGAUCCCUUGAAGCGAAUAACAGCAAAGCUAGUCUUCAUUACGUUCAAGUUGGUACAGAAACAGAUACCAGUAGGUUAUUUGCUUCUCGCAUCGAGAAACCACCACCACUGAUGCAGAUCCAUUAUGAACCUUUGUCAUGCUUGCUUCAUCUAGCUCGUGUCAAACGCUUGCCUACCUCUAUUCUCAUAGGACAGAGAAGUAGUAGCCUAUAUCGCAAAGCUCUAGAUGAAGAGCUUCAGGUGAUUCAUGAAACAGGGGAGCUUGUGGCAAGUUGGACAGGACUGUCUUUCUCAAGAGACAGAAUCAAGUGGAGCGCAUCAAAGACAUCUAAAGAAGAGGAAAGUCCAUGGCGUGCUCUUUACGGUUAAUCUUAUCAGGUCCGGUCAGGUCUUUUUCAUGGCCUAACACACUGGCUACAGUCUUUGCUUGGGCCUGCACUAAAUUUCCCUAUUGGACCUCGUUUGUUUAAAUAAUACUCUUAUUCUCAGCUUAAUGAAGUCCAUGUCACUCACUAUUGCUUUUUUCUAAGAUAUUUAUGAAAAGAAACCAGCUGUUUCAAACAAA